AUGGACUACGGCGCCGUCUUUCACAGCUUGCUCCCGGGCAUGGGCAUCAACGCAAAUAUAUCGCAUGCGGGCGGCAACGCCUCGGCAGCCGAUAACACGCAUGAUGCAAAAGCAUUCGAGAGCAUCCUGGCUCUGGCCGGGCUCCGCGGGCUCGCGCCCAUCUACGGGGUUAUCGGGGGCUGGCUGGGCUUCGAGCCGUCCAACCUACUAGCGGUGGCCGGUGUUCUGUGGGCCCUUAACAAGGUCCUCCGUCAAGUGUACUCGUUUGUGUACCGGGCUGUCACCGGGUACUUCAUGAGCAGUGUGCACAUCAUGAACAACGACGACAUCUACAUCCAUCUCAUGGACUGGCUCGCCACGCACCCUAGGAUGGCGAAUUCGAGGGACCUGGUCGCUGAGACGGCGAGCAAGAGGGCUUGGCAGGAUGAGGAUGCGUCGAACGUGGCUAGGGACCGGUCCGGUCGUUACCUCAACUUUUCUAACCAAGAAGCUAGGGCUCCACCAUUCUUCAGUCCCGCCGUCGGCCUGCACAGCUUCUGGUGGCGCGGCCAGUACUUCCAGUUGCAUCGCAAGCGGGAGUCGAUAUUCGAUGAGAGCAGCAUGUCGGGGCAGAUGUUCCGAGACCAGGAAGACCUGAUCAUAUCCUGCCUUUGGAGAAGUCCGGAACCUAUCAAGCAGCUACUGGUCCACGCCAAGGAGCAGUACUACCGUGAUCAUCAGGCCAGGACCACGGUUAAGCGGCCCAGCACCAACACCUCUCGUCGCUACGUGGGCCGGGUCGGCUGGCAUCAGGUGGCGAAUCGACCUAUCAGGGAUAUCAAGACCGUCGUGCUAGACGAGCAGCAGAAACUACAGGUUCUUGCAGAUAUUAACGAGUAUCUGCACCCGGAGACGCCAAAGUGGUAUUCAAAUAGAGGUAUACCACUACGGAGAGGAUAUCUUUUCCAUGGACCCCCAGGAACGGGUAAGACGUCGCUCUCGUUUGCUCUCGCCGGGAUUUUUGGUCUUGAUAUUCACGUAAUAUCGCUCCUCGAACCGAGCUUGACAGAGGAGGAUUUAAGCGCACUGUUUGCCUCACUCCCGCGCCGCUGCAUUGUCUUAUUAGAAGACAUCGACACAGCCGGACUCCGCCGUCCAACCCUCAACAAAUUCGACGACGAGACCUCGCAAUCCGAACCCCAAGAUGUCACCACCGCCAAGCCUAGCAAACACAGCCUCCGCGACUGGAAAGUCAGCGACCUAGCGCGCGCCCUCAAGAAAGAAGGCGAAAGCGACCAAAAAUCAGGCAUAUCCUUAUCCGGCCUCCUCAACGCCAUCGACGGCGUGGCAAGCCAAGAAGGCCGCGUGCUAAUCAUGACGACAAACACCCCCGAACAGCUCGACGACGCAUUGAUCCGCCCGGGCAGGGUAGACCUGCAAGUAGCGUUUGCGAACGCGACGCGGGACCAGGCGCGCGAGUUAUUUGUGCGCAUGUACGAGGAGGAUUCGGGGCGCCCUACUACUAUUACUACUACUACUACUACCACUACUACUACCACUGCUACCGUGAACAAGAAUCAGGAGAAGAUAGCCGCCAAUGGCAUCGCCCCCCAACCCACCGACCUCGACAUAUCUAUCUCCGAGCUCCCCACCGUCGCAGCCGCCUUCGGCGCCAAGAUCCCCGACGACGAGUUCUCGCCCGCCCAGAUACAGGGGUAUUUACUCAAGCGCAAGAGGCAGCCGCGUAAGGCGCUCGAGGAGGCGGAUAAAUGGGUCGAGGGUCUGCUAAGGCAGAAGGCGAUGAAGAGCAAGAUCUUGCAGGUGCAGUGA